AUGUCCAAGCAGGGCUCCAAGUCCAGCAAGAAACAGAAGCGGGAGGUCGACAGUGGUUCUGACGACAGCGAUGACGACCUGCAGCCCAUCCAUUUCUUCGUGCCUGGCGAGAAUAUUAACGCCGCCGUCCUCGUCGAGUAUGUCACCCAAUAUGUCGAUAGGACCGCAAAGAUCACUUCAAGCCAUCAUCCCACAGACAAAACGCGGACAGGUUUCAAUGUCCUGGCAAAGAAGACCCUCAAUUCUGUCAGCCUCCGCGAUAUCAUCAGCGAUUCGAAGGAUUGGGAUACGGAAACACAGAGCAGGAAAUUCCGCAAGAAUCCAUAUCGGUAUUCCGACUCGGACACCGCGAGACGCCGAGCACGUCAGGGAGCCUCCAAGGGCGGGACGAUUCGACCAGCACAGCCGCAACGAGAGACUGCGGCCGAUCCAAAUGAAAACUAUUCACGCCAAAGACCGACUGCGGUACCGAACCCCGGCAAGGUUCCUGCACAGUACGGCUCGCAUCAACCACCUCAGCCUCGCGACUUUGCGAGAACUGCCAGUACGGCAGGUUACUUCCCAGGCACAUCGAGGGCCGAUUAUGGGGCGACAUACAACAUCUAUAACACCAUGGCAUCCACAUCAUACAAUACUAAUAUAUCACCAAGUGGCGACGGUUCUGGACUCAGCUAUAUUCCUCAGGUAACCAAGCCAAGUCCAGACUACCCUCCACCAUCAUACGACCAAUCCACAAUGAGAGCACCUCCACGGCCUCAGCCUCCAUCUCAACCAGACCCGGACUCAUUUGAUCAAGAUGAUAAACCGCCAACAAGCCAAGCUACGAAUCUAAAUCCUUUGCGGCCACCAGGAGAAGAGGGUUCACGGCCAUAUAGCUCCCAGUCUCGGAGGCCGUCGGGCUACGAGGACACCAUCCGGAGGUCCAGUAACAGAGGGUAA